AUGGUGGAUACAACCAGCAUUGAUGUACCUUGCUUCCAGGACGUCUCCGACAAAUGUCAGGUGAGUUUCUUCAACUGUGGGAUGCGAACCUGCUGCGGCACUGAUAGAGCCGUCGACAAUACCUCAUUCCCGGAGAAGAUGUUUGCAGACGGUGUCCCCGCAAACAUCACGAUGGAAUCAGCACCAGUCCAGCCGAAAUGUCAGAUUGACCACCGCGCCAGUCCAGGACAGGGCAUCGUCCGGGUCAGGUCCCAGGAGCCCUGCGACAGCUUCUCGGAGUUGGGAGCAGAUGCAGGCGAGGACGGGACAUGGAAACUGCUCGACGUGAACCUUAUCAUAGUGGGGACUGGACCCGCAGCCGAGCUCUUGCUGCAAAGGCGGCUCGAUGCAGGGGGUCGGGCAUGCCUUCUUUGGACACAACUUUCACAUCAGCCAGCCCCGAAAGGGGCUGUGUAUGAGCAUGACCUGGCAUCCUUCGAUGAAGAGACGUUCAUAUGGCAGCCACCAGCACUUGACCAAGCCUGCCGUGAGGUGAGCCAGUUGCGGCAUCGCUUUGGCAGUUGGGACUAUGGCUUCAUGCGUUCUGGCCCUGAUAUUGUGGCUCUACCUGACGGCGGUCGCUAUGAGCUGCUUUUGGACGGCCAGAACCGUGUUGCGGGCAUACGUGUGCUGCAAGGCGAUGUCCUGUGUUGGCAGCUGUCCGGUGCUGUGCUUUUUGUGGAUGCUUCAGGGGCUGAUGAGGAAGCUGCGUAUGUGCAGCAAGUGAACGUCAGCGUACAGCAGGAAGAGGCAAAGCCAGUGAUUUUUACUCCUUUUGGUGGACCAGCAUAUCUUGCUGGCAUUCUGGCGUAUCUCUUCUUCGGCUCCAUGAAUUUCGGCCUUCUUUAUACAGGCGAGCGGAGUGCCCAAGCAGAAGAUUUUGACGGAUGGUGGUGGGCAAAUCGCACUUUGACGGUUGGCGGGCACGUUUGGACGCAGUUGCUCGUCGAUACCCUUCUUGGACGGCGGCAGCCGCUCCAUGCUGCCACUGUAGCCACACUUUUUGGCGCCGUCGUGUGGACUUUGGUCGAGUUCUUCUUCAUACUGCUCUUUCGGGGCUCGCGCCCACAGUUUUUCGUCUUCGAAGCAUCUGCCUUCGAGAUUUCGAGUUUGGCACAGUUGGCCUGCGGCUUCGUUAUAGCUCGCGGUUGUCGUACGUCGCAUCCAAGUUCUGGAGCAACCCAAACACAGGACACCGGGAGGCACCUUGUUUGGACCGCAUUCAUGUUUUCGAUGAAUGUUAUCCUGCUCUUCGCCCAGUAUUCCAUCAUCCUAGGCUUCAUGUUCCUUGAAGGGUCGAGCAACAUUCUGGCGGGGACAUUCCUUAGCUUGUCCACUACUGCUUCCGAGUUGGCUGCUGUCAGCUUGAUGGAGCGAGCUUACAUGAAGCUCGUAUGGCCACGUGCCGGAGAUCAAAAGCGCAUCGUUUAUGGCGAUCAGCAUCCGCCCGUCCUCAUGAUGAUUAACUGGGCCCAUUCCUUGUGUGAGGGCACUCGCUUGGUGAGCCUCAUCAGCGUUGCUGCACGCAGCCCUGAAUGGCGCUGGGACUGGCUUGGCAGCGUGCUGGUCCUGUUCGUGAAUAAUCUGUUCGUUCGGCAUGGAUAUCAACUGACUCUGUGGACCACAGUGCUGCCACAGAAACUCCAAAAGUCGGUCUGUCUGGGAUGCUAUGGCAUGAUCCAUCGUCAUGCGCGCGUUUCCUGCGGCUACCACCGCUUCGUUCUCUUUGCCUCCUACGUCAUCUUCCGGCUCAGUUGGCUCGGUAGUCCUGCCUCGGAAGCGCUCUUCAACAACCACACCUUGAUCCUUUUCUUUGUUGUUGUGGCGGCGGAGGUGUUGGAAGAUGCUGUGGUGCUGCUUCGCCUGCUGCCUUUGGAUCCAUGGCGUGAGAGCAUGACGCAUCUAUAUGAGCCACUGCAUCCCUUGCACCCCAAGCAAGUUAUGUGCAAGGACCGUCGCGGGAUUCACGCGAGGCAGGUGCCACUACGGCUGCACGGAGUACGUCCGCAAAGGUUGUCAGAAACGCUGACAGUCAUGCAGCUGGGCGCCAGCAUCUGCGGCAUCUCACUGACCCUCUACGUGGGUAUGGGAUAUUAUUUAGGGGUCUGCCCUGAGCCCAUCCCGCUCACAAUCAGACUUGAAGAGGCCUUGUGGUGGUCGCAGCCGCUAACGUGCUCAUAA